AUGCUCGGGAGUUGUUGGGUGGAAAACACGGGUUUGGUUGAGAAGGACUCCUACCGCUCUGUGGAGACUGCUGUGGUGGGCGGCAAAAAAGUUCUUGUGAAGGAUAUUCAGGCCAUGCACCACCAUCAGAAGGAACAAAUCAUCCGCCUCCAAGAGGAGCUGGACAGAACGCGGCAGGAGAAGAGCAACUUCCAGCUGCAGAGGGACGAGGCCCAGGAGGGCUGGGAAAUCUCCAAGAGGAGGCUGGAGGAGAAGAAGGCCAAUCUGAGGAACAGACAAAGGAGGAGACAGGAGACGUUAUGUGCUGUGCACAAGCAGAAGCUGAAGCACGUCCUGUCUGAACAUGACGUCACCAUCUCUGGGCUGAAGGUGGACGCCAUCGCCUCGACCACGCUGGUGCAGACCAAGCACACACAGUCAGAGCUCACGCUUCAGAGAGAACUGGAAGGCCUGCGGGCGGAGUUCAGGGAGAAGAAGAUCAACAAAGAAUUCGGCAUCAUGCAACUGAAGCUGGCGGAGUUAAUACAGCUGGAAAACAACACUGCUAAAAGAAUCGAAGAAAUUAAUUUGAAAUAUUGCAAGGACAUGCAGUCCAUGACCAACGCACAGGCCGAACCGGAGUCUGCCCUGGUCGAAGAGCUCGACAAAAGAAUGAAAAGUUGCGUACUGACUCUGAGAAAGGACCACGACGAAGCUCUCAAAUCAUUGAUAGAUCGUCAAAGUGAGCUGAUGAAUCAGACAUCUAUGAAGGGUGAACAUGCAGAGGCGAAGAAGCAGGAUGCGCGACUGGACAGAAAGAUUUCAGCAGCUCAGCAGGAGAACAAACGUCUGAAAGAGUCUCUGCAGGAAGCCCAAGAGAAGCGUCUGGAGUUACAAAAACAGCUGGCAGUCAUGAGUCAGGCCAAGGUCAAGCACAGGUUGGCGUCUGAAGCUAGAGCGAAGCGCCGUGCUAAGGAGACGAGGGACAUGUCGAUGGGCUGUUUGCUGCACGAGCAGGCCAUUGAGAAGCUUCAGCAGGAGUGCGAUGAGAUGUCGAAGAAACAGACGGAGGCCAUCUGUGACAUACAGCAGAAGAGCGGAAUGAGGCUCUUGUUGCUGGGCAGGAAAGUGUCAGUGCUGACCGACACUUUGGAGUGCUCUCGGCCUCUAACAUCGAGCAAACUGAAGGCAGCAAACUCCAGACACAUGACUGAGGAUGACACUGCUGUUUUAAUGGUGUUGAUGUUGAUGUGA